AUGAGGUUCAACCCGUUCGAGGUUUCCAUCCCUCAUAUCGCCUAUGCUGCCUUGGGUGGAUUUGUAGUAUUGUUUGGCAUGUUCUCCCUUUUCAUUCGUGAAAGGCUAUAUAUAGGUGAAGCGAUCUGGGCAUUCCUCUUUGGAGUGGUCAUAGGACCAUAUGGUGCCAACAUAUUUGAUCCCAGAGGAUGGGGUGGAGGAGACCGGGAAACCAUCAAUACCAUUACCCUCGAAGUGACCCGCGUAAUCCUGGCUAUCGGAGUCUUUGCCAUUGGCGUCGAGCUACCAAAAGCCUACAUGCAAAGACAUUGGAAGAGCUUACUCUUCUUGCUGGGUCCCUGUAUGACAUGGGGCUGGUUCGUAUCUGGUGCCCUCAUAUAUGCGCUUAUCCCCGGGCUCAACUUCCUUUCUUCUCUCGCCGUCGCCGCUUGCCUGACACCAACUGAUCCUAUCCUCGCUGCGGCGGUCGUCGGUGGAAAAUACGCCGACAAGCAUGUACCUGCACAUUUGCGUCAUCUACUCGCCGCGGAGUCGGGCUGCAAUGACGGCGCGGCAUUUCCAUUUCUCUUCCUCGCACUCUACCUUAUCGUCGACCCGUCAACGGGUCGAGCAGUGUCCGACUGGAUUCUGCUGCUCUGGCUUUACCAAGUCGUCUUAGGCAUCGUGUUUGGCGCCUUGCUGGGCUUCGGAUUCCGGCACUUGAUGAAGUUCUGCGAGAGAAAGGAUCUUAUUGACAGGCAGUCGUAUGUCGCCCAGUAUGUGUCGCUUGCGAUGCUCACUAUCGGUGCAACGACGCUUCUCGGUUCAGAUGACCUUCUUGCAGCGUUCUCUUGUGGCACUGCCUUCGCCUGGGAUGGUUUCUUCAACAAGCAGACAGAGGAGUCUGUUUUCUCAUCUGUCAUCGACUUGAUUUUCAACAUCGCGGCUUUCGUCUUCGUGGGCGCUUGGAUGCCUUUCAAAGACUUUUCGAAUGAGACACUCACUCUUUCCGUCUGGCGUCUUCUCGUCAUCGGCAUAUUGGUCCUUAUCCUGCGUAGGCUACCCAUAAUCGUCGGGCUCUACAAGUUCAUACCAGACGUCAAGACGUUCCGCGAGGCUGUUUUCAGCGGUCAUUUCGGCCCUAUGGGGAUCGGCGCUGUCUUCAUUUCCACGCUCGCCGCUCAACAGCUCCCCGUUCCCGAGAACCCUCCAGUAGGUCAGCAGCAAAUGCUCGCGGCUUCGAUCCAGCCGAUCGUUGCGUUCAUGGUUCUGUGCUCUAUUGCUGUCCACGGCCUCUCUAUCCCCUUCUUCACCUUCGGCCGCCGCGUGCACUCCGUUUCUCGCACCUGGUCAAGGCACGACACCUUCGGAACGUUCGGUUCCACUCGCCGACGAUCUAUUAUCCCCGAGUGGACCACGCAGAUCCGACACGUGCAGCCCGGCGAGGAAAUUAUCAUCAAUCGCGACGGGCAGGCCGAAAGCAUCACCCCCGUAGAUGGCUCGGAGACGCAGGAGAAGCCCAUCGACGAAGAGUCGCCGCCUUCGCAUGAGAAGCCAGUGCCUGCUCCGGAUAAUCCUCCCGACGGCGACGAACAGGUGCAAGAGUGGAAGGAAGGCCCACACAGAGUCAUCGAGCGCCGCUCAGCACCAGGAGCAGAAGUCGAGGUGGAGGUUCAGCGGAACGUCUAUGGCCCUUCGGAGACGCACACGGCCACGUUGCGCAUUGCCGAGGACGCCUCCCGUCACGCAGUGGACGAGAUCCGGGGGAAACUACGGAAUGCUCCGCAUGAGAUGGAGCACAUUCUUCGCUCUGCGGAGGAGGGCGUUAGACACGAGGCGAAGGACAUGGAGCAACGGGUGAAGCGUGCGGGGGACGCUCUGGGUGACGCUCUGUCCCCUCAGACCUCCCCUCCCGACUCGCAAAGGCGUCAGGAACGAGAGGGCCAAGGACGUGCUCGGGGCACUGAUGAAGAGUCCCCGGAAGACGAGGGCUGGAUGUCAGACCGCAGCGCAGGAGAGCCGUCGGGCAGCGGCAACAGGGCCGCUGGAAGGGGUCCGGAGAAGUCGAGGAAAUCUAAAUCGCCAAAGAUCAAAGCACCGAAGACGAAGAGCAAGCGCGCGUUUGCCGGCAUGCGUCACAGCAUCCUUGGGCAGCGACCAAACGCUCUUCACCGCUCGCGCAGCGAAGAAUAUGACCACACGCGACGGCACAGUCAGUCGUUCACCGAUGGCAACGAGGACCUCCCGCAGGGCGCACAGACGCCGUCGGAGGAGAUGCGCGGACGUAGCUCUGCGGUGCGGUCGCCCCGCUCUCCGCGCUCGCCCGCGUCGGGCACUGCGACGCCGAUCGGCCCGCACCCGCAUCUGCGCCUGGCACAUCGACGUGUCGACUCGAUCCGCUCCGAACUUCCCAGUCGAGAGAUGUCGCCCGCACGAUCGGUGCGCUUCGUGGACGAUGGGCGGGGAGGCGCGUCCACACCGCGCAUUGUGUCACCCACCUCACCCAAUACGCCAUCGCAUGGCAUGUCUGAGGCCGAGGGCGAGAGCGGGCAGAACGGUGACGAUGAUGAGGAGUCUCCGAGGACCACCGUGCGGUUCAGCCUGCCUGGUCCAGAAGCGAAACAAUCGUGA